AUUAUCCGCCCUGAAGUGAUUUGUUGGAUGGUCAAGUGACACAAACGUUUCCGAGAUGAUCAGUGGAAGUGUCCUCCCGUCAUUUGGGGCCGCCGUAUUCCUCGGCUGUUUACUUGUGACUGUAUCGGGUUCCAUCAUCCAGUUCGAGGCCAGCUCUGAUGUGGUACAAGCGAGCUUAACUCACACUCUGACGAUGCGCUGUAGUUUGAAAGACACAGCACCACCAUUGGCUGCGCCUGUAGUGGGACGUCGUGACGUCACAGAAACUACUGUUGACAUGAAGUACGUCUCCUCAAUGGUGGUAAUGCGGAAUGACAUCGAACACGUUGCCAUGGUAACCGUGCGAGAACCUGGAAAGGCGUUACUAGAUCAGGACAAUCUACAGGUGACGGGAAGUCUUGAAACCACCUCAGGUCAUCAAGGGUCCCUGGCGCUCGUCUGGCAGUAUCCGACCGAGAAGCAGGCUGGGACAUACAAGUGUGAGGUGAACGGCAUCGACCUGAAUGGCCACAAUGUCAGAUUUUCCAAAACACUCCAUGUUAACGCCACUAAGCCAACUAUCGACGACUUGGCAGGACACUUGGCAACAAGAUCCAAAAUGAUUGACCAGCUGACUUCUACGGUUAACCAGCUGACCAACGAUCUGGCGGACAUGCAGGCUCGUUUGGAGAACGACACACAUUCACAAAUCACGCAGACGGGCACACUCAGCUGUGGACACAUGUCCAGUAAUGGUGCUCAAAACGUUACUCAGCUGUUCGAGAUACCUUACAAGAAACCACCAGUUGUUACCUUGGGGAUG